AUGAUAUGUGCGAAAUUUAACAUCGACGAAUUGAAAGAAUUUCAGAAAGACACGGUUUCAAAUUUAGUGAAAGGAAGAGAUGUGUUUUUGUCCGUAAAGACCGGAUGUGGGAAAAGUCUUUGUUAUCAGACAUUUGGUGUCAUAUGGCGUCAGCUUCAUGAUGAAAACUGUCAAGUGCUUGUGGUAACGCCACUUAUUUCGAUUAUGAAAGAACAGUGUCAAUAUCUCAGUUCGCUUGGAUUUACAGCCACAUAUAUUGGAAAGGAUGAAGAUGUUAGAUGUUUGGAAGAGAGGUUCGACUUCUUGUUUUCCUCUCCAGAAAACAUAUUAGGUGUCUCAGCUUAUAGAGAUAUGUUAAGCAGAAAUGAGAGCAUCAAGUUGUUGGUUGUGGAUGAGGCCCACACUGUUUUACACUGGGGAAAAUCUGAUGCAGGUGAAGCUCCUGCUUGGUAUGGUAAGCUUGGUGAAGCUCGUUCUUUGAUCAGCUGUCCUCUACUUCUGAUUACUGCUACUGCAAAUAGAUCAGCAAGGAAAAAAAUGCAGAAGAAGUUUGCAAUGAAUGACUGCUUUGAAAUCAUUGAUAAUCCCAAUCGAGAAAACAUUAAACUUUUUGUGUAUAAAAACAAAAGUACAUUACCUCUCAGUGAGGUGUUUCAGUUCCUUUUAAGAAUGGUGAAAGACAAAGGAGAACAAUGUGAAAGACACAUUAUAUUUUGCUCAUCGAUCAGACUUUCCAGUCAAGUAUUUACAAUGUUUAGGCUUGAACUUGGAGUAGACAUAAAAUAUAUUCAAAUGUUUCACUCAGAGACAACAGAUGACGUUAAAGGAGAAGUGAGAAAAGAUAUGAACAUCAGUAAUGGCACGAUAAGGAUACUAGUUGCAACAAGUGCAGCUGGGAUGGGUGUAAAUUUUGCAGCUGUGAAAAGUAUUAUAAACUUUGGACCGCCGAAAGAUAUGGACAGUUUUGUGCAGCAGUGUGGUCGAUGUGGAAGGGACGGAUCACAAUCAAAUGCACUGUUAUUAUUCAAUGCAAAGCAAUGCAAAAAUGUUGACCAAGACAUGCGUGACUAUAUUUCCAAUGAAACUACUUGUCGAAGACAAGUUAUAUUAAAUGCCUACAAUGCUAAACCAUCAUUGCAUUUAAGUAAACAUUUGUGUUGUCAUAUUUGUACCAAGGACUGUGUAUGCCAGAGUGAGCAGUGUUCUAACUUUGACCAUCCAAUUUAUAAUACUUGUCUGCUCAAUGAAUCUUCUUCAUCUGAUACUGACUUAAACAGUUACUGUGACUUUGAUGUUUCUGAUUUUGAUGAUUGA